AUGACCGAAGCGGACAACAACGCAGUGGAAACUGCGCGAACUGCCACAAUCCGCCGCAAACCUGUCCCUGUGUCCCAACCUACCUACCCCUCUCCCAAAAAGCCAACGUUGAUCGAACGAUGGAAAGGUCUCUCGAAGAGAAAUCGGAUUAUCAUUAUCUCUGCGGUCCUCGCCCUCCUCAUCCUCAUUAUCGGCCUUGCAGCUGGUCUUUCUACGCGCAGGAAAACCCAGAAUCUACCACUACCUUCCGGACGAGGCGGGCCAUACACAGGAGAUCUUACAUACUACGAUCCUGGCCUCGGCGCAUGCGGAGUUACGUCGAGCGACGGCGACAGAAUUGUGGCGGUUUCGCAUCUUGUCUUCGAUGCGGUGAGCACAGGAAGUAAUCCCAAUGCCAAUCCGCUGUGUGGGAAGAAGAUUCGGGCGAGGAGAGACAAUAAAAGCGUAGACUUGACUGUCGUUGACAGAUGUACAGGCUGUCAGCCAACAGAUAUUGAUGUCACCAUCGAUAUUUUUGGCAUGCUUGCAGAUGUCGAUCAGGGCAGAGUGCUCGUUGAAUGGAAUUGGCUCGAGGAUGUCCCUGCAAAUGCUCAGGGUGGAUAA